AUGUUUGUCAGGUCGUUCGCCCGCUCAAGUUUCGUGCGGCAAGCAGCCCGCCCCGCCGCUCGCCCGCUGGCCUUCCGAGCUCCCAUCCCCUUCCUCACCCAGCACCGCCUCCUCUCCGACGAGACGAAGCAAGCGAUCGAGAACGCCGUCGGCGCCGCCCCUGUCGUCCUCUUCAUGAAGGGCACCCCCGAGACCCCUCAGUGCGGCUUCUCCCGCGCCUCCAUCCAGAUCCUCGGCCUCCAGGGCGUUGACCCUGAGAAGUUCGCCGCCUUCAACGUCUUGGCCGACCCCGAGCUGCGCCAAGGAAUCAAGGAAUUCUCCGACUGGCCGACUAUCCCCCAGCUCUACGUCGAGAAGGAGUUCAUCGGCGGCUGCGACAUCCUCGUCUCUAUGCACCAAAACGGCGAGCUCGCCAAGCUGCUCGAGGAGAAGAAGGUUCUUGUCGCGGCCGAGAGCGAGAAGAAGGAGGAGUAA